CACUCACACCCACCUUCACUUCAUCACCGCCAUCGCCUCUGUGGACCCCAAUGCGUCUAGAUCACUAGACUUUCUGCUUACAGACCUCACACACACUGUUUGGGGUUUCUUGCCCGGCUCCUCAGGAACCAACUGCUUUGUCUGAAUGUCUGUGGGAACUCGCUGAAUUGGAAGCAGCUGUUUCAAAAUGGAAGACGAAAAAGAGGGCGGCUCACAACACGGGUUUGGUGGCCGAGUUGUUGAAAUUUGCGCCUGCAAACUUCAUGCUAGACCUGUUGCGGUAGUGCAAUGAGGUGCUUGCUCAGGGGGUUGUUCCCAACACACAUGGAUCACCACAUUGUGCGUGAUGUUGCCUAAAACAAUUCAUUCGUCGCUGGCAUCGGAAUUCCGUUCCAUUGCUAUUGUUCGGUUUCGGUUAUCCUACAAGGUUUUUGCAGGCAUACAUGGUGCUUGCGAGGAUUGAGCCGUGCUUGGAGGCACACCAGCCUGAAAAACAACAUAGAUUCCGUGGAAGAGCAUCUUGUAACUUCGAAAUUGGUGAUAGACAAGCUGUUGGCAAUGAACGUGCCGAUUUGGAUUGUGAGCCUCGACCUUUCCAAGCCGUUUGACCGGGUAGAUUGGAAUCACUUGUGGGCAAGCACUUGCCACACAUGGAGUUUCUGCACACCUGACCUGGGUCAUGCAAUGUUUGUAUUGGAAGCAAGAAGGUCUUGGCAAUGGACGACCACAUGUGGACGCCACAUGUGAUGACCAUAGUUUAGCCGUGCUUUGUUUCACCGUAGACCUGCGCCCAAACGGGUUGCUUGCACCUUGCAAGCAUGCAGGGUGAAAUGAACAGAUUAAACAUAGGUGCAGUCCACACACCGGAGCCUAGAGCACAUUGUAACGAAAAAGUCAAGAGUAGAACUGAAUGCCCUGCAAGCAUUCAGGCGCAAGAGAAUGCGGUAGGAUGUCCUGAGGACAGGAUCGGGCGGGGACUAGGAUAGGCAUUGUGUUGGGAGUGUGCAAGUCAAUGGGGCAGAUUGGCAAGACAAACGCGCGAAGGAGGGUGCAGUGCUUCACGCCCGCACAUGAUGCAGCUUUGUUGAGGUUUCUACAAAGGAGGGGCCUGCAGCUCAACGAGCCAAAUUGCGCGCGCUCACACGGUGGGGUGUGUACGCUUUUGCGCUAUGCGACUGUCCAGUUAUUCCUCAGUCGUUCGCCGGCCGCUCCGGCGCACGUGGUCCUGCAGCGUUUGGGAGCGAAGCCCUUUCUCCACCCCAGCAUUGCCAUUGUAUAUGGGGCAACGAGGAGCCGGAACAAUUUGCCUCUGCCCAUGUCAGAGUUCAAAUGUGCAGUUGACAACGCAGGUUAGCUUUAACAAGGCGCCAGCGCAGCAGCCUUCAUGGUUUACACUGCUGCGAACCCCACGCGACGGAAACAACCGCAGCGACACUAAAAUGGCAGAGCCCAUGAGAACAGCAAACCGUUGUGAUUUCCGCCUGUGGGGUUCCUGUUUGGGUCCUGUCCGUGUGAGUCCUGUUUGGGAUUCGGGAUCGCCA